AUGGCACCAUUCGGCACUAUCUACUCUUAUCAGCCCAGUCCCCGGGUCAUGAAGGCCCUGGCCGCGGCCAACCUGAACGGCCUAGAAGUGGCGGUUCCGGAAUUCGCCAUGGGCAAGACCAACCGGACCCCGGAUUUCCUGUCCAAGUUCCCUUUGGGUAAAGUGCCCGCCUUCGAGGGUGCCGACGGAACAACCCUAUUCGAGUCAGACGCCAUCACCCAAUACAUUGCCGAGAGCGGCCCCGCUGCCGCUCAGCUUACUGGUGCUACCUCCGCCGAGCGCGCUACUAUCCGCCAGUGGAUCUGCUUUGCGCAGGGUGAGAUUUUGGACCCUGUGACGCAGUUGGCGCUGCCGCGUCUCGGUAUCCGGCCCUUCGAUGAGAAAGUCGAGGAGACCAACCUCGCGCGUCUGGAACGCUCGUUGGAAUGUCUCGAGACUCACCUCAAGGGCCGCACUUGGUUCGCGAGCAAGGAAAAGCUUAGCUUGGCUGAUAUCACCGUUGCCGCUGCCCUGGUCUGGGGUUUCUCCAUGGCUAUCGAUGCUGAAAUGCGCGCAAAGUACCCCUCCGUGGUCGCUUGGUAUGAGCGCACUCUCGAGACCGAGGGCGUCAAGGAGGCCUUUGGUGAGAAGCAAUUUAUUGAGAAGCGUCAGGAUCCCAAGGCUUAG